AUGGCCCCAGCGAGGCCGCGCGAAUCCUCGAUCGAGCGCACGCCCGAGUAUGACGACUUCAUGAACAAGCUUGAAGAUUACCACGCGAAAAGAGGCACCACGCUCGACCGCGAACCGAAAGUCGGUCAGCGGCACCUGAACCUGUUUCAUCUGUACAAACGCGUCUGCGAGGAAGGUGGAUACGACAAGGUCUCCGAUACCAAGAACAACAAGCUAGCCUGGCGCCGCAUCGCUGCCGAUUUCAUCCCCCCGGACCAGAAUCCCACGACGCAGGCCUUUAUCGUCAAGAAGGCCUACUACAAGAAUCUUGCUGCCUACGAAAUUAGCAAUUUCCACGGCAAGGAGCCCCCGCCGAAGGAGAUUCUCGAAGACGUCUCCGCAAAGGGUGGCGAUCUUCUCAGGCGCACCAAAGAGAACUUCUCCGCUUCGAGCAACCGCGAGCUCGAUAGCCUCACAAACGGCCACGACAAGGACAGCGACGAAUCAGACGACGAAGCCCAGAAAACCCCGAAGGAGGACAAGAUGGACAUCGAUGGACCUCCUGGCAGCAGCGGACGCGUGACUCGAGCUCUUCGACAAGCCCCGCCACAGCGGGUCCUCUUCCAGCCCGAGUCUACGUCGAGACAAACGCGCUCCUCCGGCCAGCACAACUCCCCUACGCCCGGCUCAUACUCGCAGUCCAAUGGCUCUUUUAGCGGUGGCGGUAACACCAUGAGCAUCAUCUCGAACUAUGAACCGAAGCCGGUGGUUCCUUCGAACGUCAAGCCUGUCAUGACACCAAGCAACAACCCAGAGCACUUCCGCACUGUCCGCAGUCGGAUGGCGAAUAGGUUAGCGAGGCCGGUUCCGCAGAACAAGGGAAUGAUGCUGCCAGGAACUGGCUUCACCGGACCGAACAUAUAUAUUAGGGCCUUGCUCGCCCUCCAGUCGGGCAGCGUCGAAGAACAAGCAUACGCAUUGCACCACCUCGUCAAGAUUUCGCACGAGCGAGGAGACAAAUACCGGUUUGACGGCUUCCCGGGCCUGGCCGAAGCUCUAAUUGGCCGGCUCCUGGAUGUCAGCACGCUCUUUUAUGGCUUCCACUGGGAAAUCUGCUACAACGAGGACGAGUGUCUGGAAAGAAACGAUGCGCUCAAUGCGAUCAGCGGAACGGCGAAUUUGCUCCAAAAAAUCCAUUCGCACCCGCUGCUGGAUUUCACAGACGACGUGCAGACCAAAGAAUUCAGCGAGGCUCUUGGUCGCGUCAACGAAGCUGGACUUGUCAUUCGCAAUCUUGUGAUGCUGGAUGCGAAUGCUCACUACGUCUCUCAGCUGCCGUUGAUUCAGGACUUCAUCACUAUCGCUCUCAAUCUUCCUCCCCGGUCGUCUGUCAUUGAGCUGAAGCACUACGCGCUUGAAAUCGCCGAGCAAUUGUCAAGAUAUUGGCUGCUUACCUCGGAGCAUCACCUGUACCAGACUCUGCUUGCCCAGCUGGAUUCUAGCGACCGUGGGACGAUUAUUACUGCGCUACGAGCUUUGUCUCGGAUAGCGAUGAACGCGAAUCCGAGAUACGAACUGACCAACGUACCAACCCGGGUAAUUCAACACGUGUGCGAGUGGCUACUAGUAGAAGACGAGCAGCUCCGUGAAGCAUGCUUGGACUUCCUGUAUCUCUACACUGCCACCACCGGGAACGUGGAGACGUUGACGCAGCACACCGACGUUGAAGGGCUUGUGAAGCAGUUGGUCAGACUACUGCUCUACAACGCACAGACAAUUAGGCUACCAGUCCCAACCAAGGCAUCCGGCAAGCCAAGCAACACGGCGCCUGAGUCGGCACCGAAGCUUGCCGGUUCAAUCAUCGACCAGCUACUAUCUCUCGACGAACCCGAUCGUAGCUCACAAUGGCUCAAGACGUGCUUUGAAGAAGAUCCCAUGGGAGAAAUCACGCAGAUUGCGCUAUGGACAGCAUACAAUGCGGCUUUCCAAGCCCCGAUCCAGAAGCUCACAGCUCAGCAGCAAUCCCCGUCAUUGCCCUCAACACCCGGAAGUAGUGCGCCGCCUGCAACCUCGGCAAAACCGCCCAAGCCUAUGAUGGCUGCCAAGGACUUCAUCACCAACGUUUCCAAUACGUUCCCGUCAGCAGCAGCGCAGGUCAUCACUGCCGGGGGUGUGCAAAAAUAUACCAUCAAGGGCAUCCGCCCGCGGACUGUUCCUGUGGACUUGAGAAAUCGGCCUUACAUCAAAUGCCGAUGGGUGUCGCCGCCUUCAUUUCCGUCGGGUUCGCAAGCUGGAGGCGAGGAGUGUGGUGAAUAUGUAAAAGAGCCGAAGCAAAUAUGGGAGCAUAUCCUGCAGACCCACCUUGGGCUCAGCAAAGACUCGGAUGGGAAAUGGCAAAUUGAGGAGCCUGCAACCAAUGGAGUCAGCGAGGAGAGCGAGGCGAACGGGAAGCCGAAGAAGCUGGACUGCCGGUGGGCAGGCUGCCUGCAUUUUACCAGGGCGGGCGAGGAACCCACGGCCUUCGAGGUCGGGAGACACGUGCAGACACAUCUGCCGGACAGCUCAGAGAAGUCGCAAAUUCGGAACCAGCACAAUCAGUCUGGCAACUCAGCACCGGAUACCGGGUCGCUGCAACAACAGUACUAUGGGCCUUUUGGUCCUCUGCGUGGAAACACCAGAGGAGAUCAGACCAGCGAGAUCAAGUGGCUCAAUACGGCAAUGGACGAGCGCAGUGUUGCACAGAGUCUGUCUGGAGCAUCUGCAAUGGUGUUACGCAACCUGGCCAGGAGGCUGAGCGCGGUUUCGGCGCAAGGAAGCAAGGAGGCGAGCGAGGACACGGACAUGGAGGCUGAGGACGGUGGCUGGGUACGGAAGGUGUUCGCUCCGGUAAAGGACGACUUAUUUUUCGUCAUGGCGCAUAACCAAUCGCUGAAAGAAGGAAUCUUUGAUCUGCUGAGGGACAUUAGCAGUGCUGGGGUUUGA